AUGGCGAAAAGAUAUAGCCAGUUUCCUUGGGGUUUUGUGAGAAAAUACUUGAGUCUGUUUUUUGAGUUCAGAAUCUUUCUCUCCUUCACAGUUGUUUCCUGUGGGAUGCCCCUUGCGCCAGUGAAUGGCACUGUCAUCGGGCAGGACUUCACUCUCGGCUCUAGAGUCACAUUCUCUUGUAAUCCUGGUUUCCGAUUGGCCAACGCUCAGCCGGUGUCAACAGUUUGUCAAGAGUCUGGGAGGUGGAGCCCGAUGGAGACCCGCCCUCGCUGCGUCCCCAUCACCUGUGGGCAUCCAGGCACCCCAGCUAAUGGUGUGACUCAGGGAACGCAGUUUAACCUUAACGACAUUGUGCGUUUCACCUGCAACCCUGGUUAUGUUCUCCAAGGUGCAAUCAAGUCUCACUGUCAGCCCAACAGCCAGUGGAGCAACGCUCUGCCCAAGUGUAAAAUUGUGAACUGCACUGAUCCGGGACAUGUUGAAAAUGGUGUCAGAGAGGUCCUGCCCAGCGGGCCUCAUCGCUACAGUUUCCAGACCGCAGUUUCUUACAGCUGUAACCCUGGAUACUACCUGCUGGGCACCAGCACUCUGAGCUGUCAAGGCGACGGCACAUGGGACCGAUCCCUACCCAAGUGCCUCUUGGUUCUGUGUGAUCGUCCCAGCAUGCCUCCAUAUGCACAGAUCUCGGGGGACAGACGCACAGUGGGCUCUGUUAUCCGCUUCAGCUGCAUCGGCCAGCGAAGCAUUGUGGGCAAUACCACCCGCAUGUGCCAGCUGGAUGGCCAGUGGAGCGGCUCCCUGCCACAUUGCUCCGGUGAUUCUGCUGGAAUGUGUGGAGACCCUGGCGUUCCAGUGCACGGGAUCCGUCUGGGAGAGGAGUUCUCCGUAGGGAGCAUUGUACGAUUCAGCUGUGAGCCUGGCUACGUUCUGAAGGGCUCCUCUGAACGAACCUGCCUGGCUAACGGGAGCUGGGUGGGCAUCCAGCCUGAGUGCCAUGUGGUCUCCUGUGGCAACCCUGGAACUCCUCGCAACGCCAUGAUCCAGUUCCACGAUGGACUUGUGUUUUCCCGCUCUGUCACCUACUCCUGCAGAGAAGGCUACUACUCCACUGGCCUGCUCACUCGUCAUUGUACAGUCAAUGGCACUUGGACCGGGGACAUGCCGGAAUGCACAGUCAUUAACUGUGGAGAUCCUGGAGUGCCAGCUAAUGGUAUCAGACUGGGCAUUGACUUCACGUACGGCCACACUGUGAGCUUCCAGUGUUCACCGGGCUUCACUAUAGAUGCUGAUCGUGCCUCCACACUCAUCUGCACCAAGGAUCGCACAUGGAACAGCACCAAGCCAGUUUGCAAAGCCAUUGUGUGUGGAGCACCUCUCAGCAUCCCGAAUGGUCAGGUUGUGGGGUCUGACUUCCAAUGGGGGUCCAGCAUUAGUUAUAGCUGUAAUCAGGGUUACCAGCUUUCCCUUCCCACUAUCCUCACCUGCCAGGGCACAGGAAACUGGAGUGGCGAACGGCCUCAGUGUUUUCCUGUAUUUUGUGGAGAUCCAGGGAUACCAGCCCAGGGCAAGCGAGAAGACCGAGGGUUCACAUACCUGUCCUCUGUUUCAUUCUCAUGUUACCCGCCUUUGAUCCUGGUCGGCUCUGCUCGCCGAUACUGCCAAUAUGAUGGAACCUGGAGUGGAACCCAGCCGUCUUGCAUAGAUCCCAGUCACACCAGCUGUGCAGAUCCUGGCACUCCUCUCUUUGGCCACCAGAACAACUCUCAAGGCUAUCAGAUUGGUAGUUCAGUAUACUACAGUUGCAGAAAGGGUCACCUCCUUCUGGGUUCCAUCUCUCGGACCUGUUUGCCCAACCUCAUCUGGAGUGGCAUGCAGCCUGAGUGCAUCGCUCAUCACUGUAAUCAGCCGGAGCUCCCCGCACAGGCAGAUGUAGGUGCUAUAGAGCUGCCAUCUCUGGGUUAUACGCUCAUCUACACCUGUCAGUCUGGUUUCUACCUUGCUGGAGGGUCUGAACACCGCACCUGCAGGGCUGAUGGCAGCUGGACAGGGAAACCUCCAUUGUGUGCACCUGAUAACAGACCAAGCGGAAAAACUGCAGGAACAGUGCAAGAGCCGCCCAACACAAAGCAACCCGUGCCAAGUGGGGUCUUUGCUAAGAACUCUCUUUGGAGGGGUUCAUACGAAUAUCUAGGGAAGAAACAGCCAGCAAUGCUUAGCAUAACUGCUUUUGAACCAUUCAGCAAUCGGGUCAAUGGCACUCUCAUGGACCACAGCGGAGUACAGCUUAAUCUGGCUGGUAUCUAUAAGAAAGAAGAAGCCCAAUUGUUGCUGCAGGUGUAUCAGAUUCGAGGUCCUGUGGAGAUCUUUGUUAACAAGUUCAAAAUUGACAACUGGGCAUUGGAUGGACAUGUGUCAUACAUGCCUUCUUCUGAUUCAUUUGUUUACCAAGGCUUUGUUCGAGGAAAAGGCUUUGGCCAGUUUGGACUUCAGAGACUGGAGGGCCUUGAUCCAAAUGGGGAGAAUACAGGCUAUAACUUUGCCUCCAAUAGCAGUUCAGUUGCAGCAGCCAUUUUAGUGCCUUUUAUUGCCAUGAUCAUAGCAGGCUUCGCUCUGUAUCUCUACAAACACAGAAAAAGGCCCAAAGUACCGUUUAAUGGUUAUGCGGGCCAUGAGAACACAAAUGGAAGGGCGACUUUUGAGAAUCCUAUGUAUGACCGUAACAUCCAGCCCACUGAUAUUAUGGCCAAUGAGACAGAGUUCACGGUCAGCACAGUGUGCACAGCAGUAUAGCGACCGCUCUAGUCAAAGGCUGGAUAUAAUCGUUCCCUCUCCAUGCAACCGUUCCCAUAGUUACGAAUGGGCCACAUGGAUGGACUAAAGAGGAGGAUUUUUUGUUUUUGUUUUUCAUUUGUAAACCAAUUCCAAUUGUGACAAAGUGAUAAACCUUGACAACGAUGCUGUCAAAGCGCAUCAACAGAGAUGCACUGAUAAAGACCCACGUCAGUGUUUGCUAGCUACAACUCUGUUCCUACACUCUUCUGCUGUCUCCUCUUUUUUCCUUCUUCUGCUGUCUCCUCUUUUUUCCUUCUGAGGGAACGUCCUGUUUGACUGCGGCAGCGCAAAGGGACACAUGUGAAGCUCACAGCCGUCGCUUGCCAAAAAAUGACAAGAGAUACAUAAUUCUCACUCUUAGUUUGGAGGAAGUCUUCAUGUGAGCAGGAAGUCAUGAGAAGCAUGUUGCUGGAGAGUUGAAGCUUUCUUUUACUUUCGUACCUUGAGUUCUUGCCAUGGAGUGCGUUUUGGCUUGUUUUAUCCCCUUUCCACCUUGAGCUGAAAUCACAAACAAGUGCAAACUUCACAGAGGACACUCUCUCUGACCUUCCCCAUCAGCUCCCUGAGUAUGUAACCUCACAACUCGAUCUGAAGUGGAAUGAGAGGCUUCUGAGGCUUAUUAGAAGACAUGGAUUCUAGCUGUAGUACCUCUCUUCUCAUUUCAGCCUGAAGGAACGAGUGUUCUCCCACCAUCUUAUCAUGAUCCUGGCUGAAAAUGGACAGUCCAACCAUCCGAGCAGCUCAGCUGAGAACAUGAAAAGAUGUGUUUUGGUGUUCAGGGGCUUUAUGAAGCUGACUUCAUGGCCAUUAUCUGCUAUUAUUUCCUUUUUCUCAAACUGACAGAAGAAAAACAGCCCACAUUAAAGGGUUGGAUUUGUAUUAGCCAGGUAUCUGAACCCCCUCAUUGUGUGUUUGGAUGUUCUGAAUUGGAUGUUUGUGGGCUGGGAUAUCAUGGUGAAGAACCGUUUGUUAGCAUUUAUAGUUAUUCCUGAUAUCAGACAAGUUUUAAGUGGUCGGCUUAUGUCAUUGAAUGACAUGGAUCCAAUGAUUUUCAUACAUAGAGUAAAAACAACACAGCCCUUGAAGUACAGAGGUAAAUGUAACUUGAGAUGUGUCUUUCAUAACCAGGGGAGGGUCUGCUUUCGGUCCUCAAGUUCUGAAGUCAAGGAUAAGAAUGACGUGAGGGUUUUAGUCAAAAGGAGCCAACGCCAAAUGAGCAUGAAAAUAUUUCAUCUCUGUAGCUUUGUGUCAUAAUCUGUUUCCCUGCACAUUCCUCCAUGUCAUCCAUGCCCACGCCACACUUAAGGAUAAGGAAAAGGGGCUUAGAAGUCACUCCUUAAAAUACUAAUCCAAGGCCCCAGUAACAUGAAGAGAAGGUUUGAAGAUGAGCAAGAGCUUGGGAAGUUUACAACUUUCCAAGCAGAGAGGGGGGAUGGAUCUGACAAUGAAUUGGAUUGCAUACUGCAUAACAUACAUUUUGCUAUCAAAGUACACUAUAUUCUGGGUGCAGCAUCUUUUAACUGGCCGGUGUUAUUGAGAUUUGUAAUUCAGUUAUUGAAUAUUAUUGCCUCUGCUUGUUUCUGCAGCAUUCUGUUCGAUUUUCUUGUCUUACGGCCUCUGUUACCUGAUGCCGGCAUUUACUUUCCAGUGGGCAUUUAAAAUCCUCCAGUUUAUAUGCUGUACUGUUCAGCUUCUGAAAUCAAUCACUGAUAUAAUUGCUUUUACAGGUUUAUUACUUUUUAAAUCGGUAGCCUAUCAUGGUUGUGUUAAUAUGAUAUUACCCAGAGCUUGUUUCAAUUGUAAGUUGAUUGAAAAAGCAAAGAUUGUAUUUUCAUUGGGAUUUUAUGGGCCAGGAGUUAGCAGGUACAUUAUCUUCAACCUAUUGACAUUAACUUUAUAUUUACAAGACUGUCGCAUGGCUGUUCUUUUUAGGAGAAUUUCAUUUUGUAUUCCUUUAUCAGUGUAGAUGGCAUCUUAUUGCAGUUUCCACAUAUCAGACAUCAUUGUGUUGAAGUUGAUCUCAUACUGACUUGGAGUUUUACAUUUCUUACAGUUGCAUUUUAUGUCUCUGUAACCCGACAACAAUAGCAAUGCUGCCAAGGUUUACAAUGCUGACAUUAGAAAUGGCUCCUAGUAAAAUCCUACAAAAGAUGCACUUUGCUAGCGAUAACACAUACACACAAAAUGUCAAGGCACAAGGGCUUCAAAGUCAUCAUCUUUAUGUGUAUAUUAACUCAACAUGUUGUUGAAGGAUCCAGGCAACCUGUGUUUCAUGCUUGUCCAUCUGUUUCUCGUAACAGUGCCUUGGUAACUCUAUAUGUGGUAUAUCCAAUCUCUUCUUAUUGCUCCAUUUUUAUUAUUAUUGCACACUGGUCAAGAGUUGCCAGUUGCUAAGG